AUGGAAACUACUGAUCCACUGAUUCAAGAUUUGAAUCCUCCAAACUCAACAUCUCCUUCCCCUCAAGCUAUAACUCAAUCUCUGGGAGAAAGAUUAACUAAAGUAGAAAAGGAUGUGGCUGAAAUAAAACACUUUAUAACCUUGGGUGAUGAUGAUGAUUAUAUGUUUACUGAAGAUACUCCCCCAAAUUCUCCAGGUGAUAAUCCUUCACCUCCACCUCCAUCAUCAAAUCCUCAUCCACCUCCUCCUCCUCCAUUUCAUCCUCCUCCUCACACUCCUUUUCCAUCAUCUGGCUCCCCUACCCAAACGAAUGAUGCUAAAAAGGGGGAGAAUAGUCAAGAGAGCAAUUAUCAAAAAAUGGUGACUGCAACAACUCCAUAUCUGCCUGAAAUGUAUGAAUCAGGAAGGGAUGAUAAUCAAAAGGAAAUCAUCGUAGCAGAACAAGAGAGAAACAUCCCAGAUGUUGAUGCAACAAAUAAUGAUUAA